GCGCACUAAGACACUCGGAUCCAAGUUUGGAGCUUUUAGCUGCCAGUCCUGGCCCAUCAUGUAGGUGCAGCAGAGCCUUCCUUACCAUUGCAAUAGGGGGUGAAAGCCCACUUUGCAAUCUGUUUUGCAAGGUGUGCAAUUGCAGUUCCUUCCUCUGCAAGGAGAUCUGCUGCAGGGAGUCAGAAAAACUCCAGUUGCAUGAAGACUGAGCGCUUGCAGUUUGCAUCUUUGUUGCAAAACUAGCUACUGAAGAGAGAAGGCAAAGUCUUUUGUGUUCCCCUCCCCCAUCAAAGCAGAGGGGAAAAUGUCUCAGCCGAGAGGCAGGAAGAAAAAUCCAGGGCUGAAAAUUCCUAAAGAAGCAUUUGAACAACCACAGACGAGCUCUACGCCACCUAGAGAUUUGGACUCCAAAGCCUGCAUCUCCAUUGGUGACAAGAACUUUGAAGUCAAAGCUGAUGACCUGGAGCCGAUAUCAGAACUGGGCCGCGGUGCAUAUGGCGUGGUAGAAAUGAUGCGCCACAUGCCCAGCGGGCAAAUUAUGGCAGUGAAGCGAAUCCGAGCGACAGUGAACAGCCAGGAGCAGAAGAGACUGCUGAUGGACCUGGAUAUCUCCAUGAGGACAGUAGACUGCCACUUCACCGUGACUUUCUAUGGUGCGCUGUUUCGAGAGGGAGAUGUUUGGAUUUGCAUGGAGCUGAUGGACACUUCACUGGACAAGUUCUACAAGCAAGUCAUUGACAAAGGCUUGACGAUUCCGGAGGACAUCUUAGGAAAAAUAGCUGUCUCAAUUGUGAAAGCGUUAGAGCACCUACACAGUAAGCUGUCUGUAAUUCACCGAGAUGUCAAGCCCUCCAACGUACUGAUCAACACACUGGGGCAGGUGAAAAUGUGUGACUUUGGAAUCAGCGGUUACCUCGUGGAUUCCGUGGCCAAGACGAUGGAUGCUGGCUGCAAGCCUUACAUGGCACCUGAAAGAAUCAACCCAGAACUAAACCAAAAGGGAUACAGCGUCAAAUCCGAUAUUUGGAGUCUGGGAAUCACUAUGAUUGAACUGGCAAUUUUGCGGUUUCCGUACGAGUCCUGGGGGACGCCAUUCCAGCAGCUCAAACAGGUGGUGGAAGAGCCAUCGCCUCAGCUCCCAGACACCUUCUCAGCAGAGUUUGUUGAUUUUACCUCACAGUGCUUGAAGAAGAAUUCCAAAGAGAGGCCAACAUACCCUGAACUAAUGCAACACAGUUUCUUCACCCUGCACGAAUCCAAAGAGACAGACGUGGCAUCUUUUGUCAAACUCAUCCUGGGGAACUGAGAAAUGGACUUGUACAUGAUUUUACCCUUCUGUGGACUGGUGGGCUUUAGGAGGAGGGGCACAUGGCAGGGCAGCCCUCAUCGGAGAACCAGUAGGAGAACCUGCCACUGGCCAAUUUUUGUUUGUUUUUUAAUUAUUAUUAUUAUUAAUAUUAUUAUUAUUGCUAAAGUCCUAUCAUCAUCCUCUUGAAGGUUUUUUUUUUUUUAAAGGGUUCCUUGGUAACCAUAGUGACUUAGAAUGAACUGGUUAGUGAAAUGAAUUUUAAUAAGGUUGUCAACUGUAAACGAACAAAAAUUUAAUAGAGUGAUUGAAAUGA